UCCUUUCUUUCCUUAUGAACGAUCCAAGAAAAAUCCAUGGCAUUGGCAUAGAGAUUCUCUUUAGCGAUCGCUCCAGUGAAAGCAAAUUCUUUCUUUGAGGUUUUUUUUCUCUCUUUGCUGCGCCUUUUCCGCCACAUUCCGGCGCUCUUCCCGUCUCUGAAAGUUCAUCGCGUCGGAUUACUCGAUUUUUUUCCGGCGAGGAAGGAAGAGGAGGAAGAGAAAGAUGAAGAGGGUUUUCGGCGUCAAGAAAGACAAAGAACCGCCUCCUUCUAUUCAAGAUGCAUCCGAAAGGAUCAAUAAAAGGGGUGAUUCAGUAGAUGAAAAGAUAAAGAAGCUUGAUGCUGAACUCAGUAGAUAUAAGGAGCAGAUCAAGAAAACGAGGCCGGGUCCAGCUCAAGAAGCUGUUAAAGCUCGGGCGAUGAGGGUUCUUAAGCAAAAACGAAUGUAUGAAGGACAACGUGACAUGUUGUACAAUCAGACAUUUAACCUAGAUCAAGUUGCAUUUGCUUCAGAGGGCAUUAAAGAUGCUCAACAAACGAUGUCGGCCUUGAAAUCUGCCAACAAGGAGUUGAAAGGAAUGAUGAAAACAGUGAGAAUACAGGACAUAGACAACUUACAAGAUGAAAUGAUGGAUCUGAUGGACGUGAGCAAUGAGAUUCAAGAGACUCUUGGUAGGAGCUACAAUGUACCUGACGACAUUGACGAGGAUGAACUUUUGGGUGAGCUUGAUGCGCUGGAAGCAGACAUGGGAUUCGAAACUGAAGCUGAUGGGGUCCCAUCUUAUCUCCAGCCUGACAAGGAACCUGAUUUAGAUGGAGAGCUCAACUUGCCUUCAGCUCCUACAGGUCAUGCAGCAGUUCCCCCGGGCAGAACCAAUGCACAGGCUGAGGACGAAUUGGGUUUACCAGCUGUUCCUCGCGCAUCGCUUCGAGGCUAAAAAUUGCCAUACUCCUCUCUUUGUGAUUCAUACCAUCUUUAUCUUGGAGCCGGUGGAGCGAACCUUUGUAUACAUGUUGUGCAGAUUCUACAUUUGAUUCAUAUAAAUAGAUUAUUAUUCACUUCCACCAUGUAUGUGAAACCUGCAUUUGGAAUUGUUCCUCCAGGCAGUCUGAAAUCUUUGGCUAUGCAAACAAGAUCAAACUAUACUCUAUAGGCACAUUCUUGCUCAAUUUUUCUUUAUAAAAAAUAAAAUUUUAAUA